AUGUAUAUCUACAUAAUAUUUAUUGAGAUUGUAUGUGGUUCUCAUCUAUAUUCAAGAUCAAACGGUAGUGUAGAGAAUCAAAUUUUUAGAGAAUGCUCUUACUCUGGUUUGAAUUCUGAUUACUACCUAUUUCAAUGUAUUUAGAAUUACAUAUUUGUUCCAAAAUUAGAACUCACAUAAAAAUAAGUAGAAAUAAAUAGUAUACAUAAUAGAUUGGCAUUCAUUCCUUCGAAAGAAAUGGGGAAAUUAAGUUAAGUAACUUCUUAAUCUGUGAUCUAAUCACCAAUGAAGGAUAGAAAACCUUAGAAGUUCGAAGGAUUCUAUUUCCUUAACAUUCAAAUUUGAUUAAGAAGGAAAAUAAUCUAAUGUUUUAUGAUCUUACUUAAAUAGAUUCAAUCUGUGUGAUUGUAUCGCUAUUAAAAAGAUUAGACAAUUAAGAUUAUUUGAUUGAAAUAUAUCCAAUGUUUCCUGGAGAUGUGAAUUAGUUUGUUAGUAUUUCAUACAAAUUCAAUUCUGAUAGUAAUAGAAGCAUUUUUGGAUUUUCAUAAUUUUAUAACAAAAUAAGAAAUGCUUUAUUGCUAAUCAUAUUGAAGUAGAAUCAAAUCUAAUUAAUUGAAUACUCUCUAUUUGAUGAGAAAUUCAGAGAGGUUUCUACAUACUCUUUAUCUGAAAAUAAUGUUCCAUUAAAUUGGAAAGUAUGGUAAUCAGGCUAUAUAAUCAUCACAUAUGAGCAAUUCUAAGUAUUAUAUAGCAUAGGAGAGAUUUUAUAUGAAAUUUAAGAAAUUUAUAGAUUUGAUUCAUAACCUUUAUAAAUGUUAACAAAUUUUAAUGGAACAAAUUCAAAUUAUAUAUUGUAACAAAAUAUGAAAAGAACAAAAUUAUUUAUUAUUGAAGAAAUUGAAUAAUAAUAUUAAUCUAAAAAUGUUAGAUUUAUUCAAUAAUUCGAUCUGCAAUAUUCUAAUAUAGCAUUUCUAAUUGAUGAAACUUAAUUAUUAUUAAUUUAUGAUGAUUUUGAAACAGUACAAACUAAUAUUAUGAAUUUAAGAUUGGAUCAAAUUUAAUUUUGUUAAUAUGAUAUCGAAGAAUUACCUGAAAUGAAUUAAUAAUCUAUUAAUUAUUAAUAAUAAUUUGAUCCAGAUAUAUAUUCAUAAUCAAAAAUAAUUAAAUUACAAUAAGAUUGUUAAAUGCCUUGUGAUCUAAUAUAUGAAUCUUUGAAUAUUUCAUUAGUACCUUAUAAAUCUGAAUGUAUUUUUGAAUCUUUGUACAAUCAAUUUUUACAUGGUUGCAAUAGAUUUAAUAAUUGUUAUACUUGUAUGUAAUAAAUGGGAUGUGAAUGGAUUGAGGAUAAAUGCUAAACUGAAUAGAAUUAUGAGAGAUUGAGCUUUAAUUAAGUAAAGGAAAGUUCAAAAUGGUUUGUUAAUAAAAUAUUAAAGUGUGGUUAAGAAAUCGAGUUUAAUUAAACGUACUAUGGUAGUGUUUCAAAAGGUACAGUAUUUACCUUAUUUCAUGAUGCUACUAUAUAUUAAGAAUUUAAUUUAGUUUUUAACUUAUAAGUAGAAUAAUCAUAAAAUAUGAAUUUUAUUGAAUAGAGUUUUUGUUUAGGAAAUGAUUAAUUAUAAUUGUGCAAUUAAAUAAUACUCAAUCAUUUUAACUCUGAUUUUAGAUUCAAUGGCUAUUAUUUUAGAAUCAUUUUCGUAAUUUUGGAUGAUAUCAAAAUAAAUGAGCUUACAAUCACAAUCAUAAUAGAUACAGAAUAUUAUAGAAUUGUAAAACUAACUAGUUGGUUAGUUUUAGCAGUAAUUCUUUUUGGAACUAUCAUCUAUAUAGCUAAUAAAAGAAUGAAUUAUUUAAUUUCGUUAUCUCUUUAAAAUCAGCAAUAGAAAUUAGAUACAGAAAGUCUAUAAAAUGUGAUGGAAUAUAUGAUUAAAGAGAAGGUAAUAGUAAAGGAACAUUUUUCAUAACAGAUUCUACAAUAUGAUUAAGAAAAAUGUCCUUUUUGUAUUGAGUAAUAUGAAAUACAAUAGGAAAUAAUUUAGAUAUUUUGUGGACAUAUAUUUCAUUUAGAAUGUUUUGAAGAUUGGGUAAGAAUUAAUACAAAAUUAGUGAGAUGCCCUAUUUGUAAUCAAACGUAAUAUAAUAAUAUAAAUUUUAGGAUUGAAUAUUUUUUAAAGCAUAAAGAGUAAUUUAAAAAAUGA